AUGGUUCAAUCACUGAAGGCGUCCGUCAAUUGUGACAUGGGGGAGGGAUUUUCUCUCUAUUCCAUGGCUGACGACGCGGCUUUGAUGAAAACUAUACAUCUAGCGAACAUAGCUUGUGGCUUCCAUGCAUCGGAUUUUUCGAUCAUGGAUCGCACGGUGCUACUCGCGAAAGAGAAUGGUGUCUGCGUCGGUGCGCAUCCGUCGCUCCCCGAUCGACAAGGUUUUGGGAGAAGAGAGAUGGUGAUGAAACCGGAUGAGCUUGAAUCAUGCCUAGUGUAUCAAGUUGGAGCGUUGCGAGGGUUCCUUUCGAAACAUGGUGUGAAGCUCAACCACAUUAAGCCACAUGGGGCGGUUUAUGGACAAACUGCAAGGUCCCUCCCUCUGGCACGAGCUGCGGUGGGGGUCUGCAAGAUAUUCUCUACUCCAGAGGAAAACAUCGCUUUUAUUGGACUGCCCGGAACCGCACACCAGGAAGCUGCCAAAGAACUCGAGGUAAAGUUUAUUCCUGAAUGGUUCGCGGAUCUGGACUAUAGUCAAGAGGGGAAACUUAUCAUCACACAAGUGCACACCCAGGUGACUCAUGAGACAGUAAGGAGCCGUGUCAAUACGCUUCUCAAGCAUCGAAAAAUCACGACUGUCGAUGGAUCCCAUCUUCCGUUCGGCGAUGAUGUUGACGAGGUCUCUAUCUGCUGCCAUUCCGACACCCCAGGUGCGGUAGAGGUCGCGAAGCUCGUGAAGAUCGUGGUAGAUGAACAUAAUCUUGCAGCCGGUUUCAGAUAA